CAGGAAGUGGCUCUGGGCGGCGCACGUGGGGGGUGGCGCGGCGGGAGGGCGCAUGGCGAGUUCCGCGGGGCUGGCGCUGUGCGGGCAGACGCUGGUGGUGCGGGGCGGCAGCCGCUUCCUGGCCACCUCCACUGCGAGCAGUGAUGAUGACGUCCUCUUCGCAUAUGAUUGCAGCACGGCAGCAGAGAAGUCACAAGAAAGUAAAGGGGAGGACGGGCAGCCCGCGGAUAAGGGGAGUGACACGAUUCUGGCGUCCACCUUCUCCAAGUCUGGCAGCUAUUUUGCUUUAACUGAUGACAGUAAGCGUCUGAUUCUUUUCCGUACAAAACCAUGGCAAUGUCUGAGUGUCAGGACCGUGGUGAGGAGGUGCACGGCCCUGACCUUCACAGCCUCCGAGGAGAAACUUCUGGUGGCCGACAAGUCUGGAGACGUUUAUUCCUUUUCGGUGUUGGAGCCACAGGGAUGCGGCAAGCUUGAACUUGGACACCUGUCGAUGUUGUUGGAUGUGGCCGUGAGUCCCGAUGACUGCUACGUCCUCACUGCCGACCGGGACGAGAAAAUCCGGGUGAGCUGGGCCGCGGCACCGCACAGCAUCGAGUCCUUCUGCCUCGGGCACACGGAGUUUGUGAGCCGCAUCUUCGUGGUGCCCGACCACCCCGAGCUGCUUUUGUCCGCAUCCGGGGACCGCACCCUGAGGCUCUGGGAGUACAGAAGUGGCCGAGAGCUGCACUGCUGUCACCUGACCAGCCUGCAGGAGCCGGAGGAGCCCCGGGGUGACGAGAGGUUUGCCGCCUCCAGGAUCACUUACCGGAGCCAGGACGGCUGCGUGGCGCUGCUGUGUGACUGUAUUCCCGCGGUCUACGUUUUCCAGCUUGAUGCCGCCAGACAGCAGCUGGUUUACAGACAGCGGCUGACGUUUCGGCACAGAGUGUGGGACAUCGCUUUCGAGGAGGGCCGGGGACUGUGGGUCCUGCAGGACCGCCGGGAAGCCCCCCUCGUGCUCUGCAGGCCUGUGGGCGGCCAGUGGCAGGCUGCUCCUGAAGACGCCGCGGUGGAGAAAGUCUCCGCCCAUCUCCGGGGGAACUGGGCCAUGCUGGAAGGCGUGGCUGGCGUGGACGUCGGUUUCAGCGGUCUCUACAAGGCCACCUUUGACAACGUGACUGCCUACCUGAGGAAGAAGGAGGAGAGGCUGCAGAAGCGGCGGCAGAACCCGGCUGCUGGGCCUAAUGGGCAGGCCAAGAAGAUGAAGCCGGGGGAGGCGUCCCUGAGGUGCCCGUCCUAGCCGCCCCGGCACUCUCGUGGCCUCGAGCCAAAGCCGGCUCUGCUGUCCCCUCUGCCCGCGGCUCCCCGACCCACGCCUGGUGGC